UUACAAGAAACGGCUUCUCAAGAUGACGGCUCUUUUUAACUUCCAGUCUUUGUUGCUGGUGUUCCUCCUCCUCAUCUGCACAAGCGCGUACGCCCACCAGCUGUUUCCAGGGAUUAUGGACAGGAAUAAGAAUGGUGUCUUGGGUGUCUUCUGGAAAUGCGCGCGGAUAGGAGAACGGCUGAGCCCGUAUAUAAGUAUAUGUUGCCUGCUCAUGGCUGGCUCCCUUCUCAUUGGCAACUAAAGCGACUGCGAUUAAGAAUACUGGCGUUUGGGAAUUCACAUGGGAGAUAUACCAUUAUAGUACGGUAUCGAUGAGGGACUUCGAUGAGAGCAUCAUAGUCAUAAUGAAAACGAAGAUAUUGUGUAUAUCAGUGU